AUGGCCGAUCAAAGUAGUACACCGUCUAUAGAGUUCUACUCUCAAUUGGAGCCGGACGGAUUUUACCGACUUCUUGAACUGACUCCAGAACUGGCAGACAUUUUAGAAUCAGGUGCCAGCUUGUCAUUGAAAGCUCCUGAAACAGAUUCCCACCUGAUUCUAUGCACUGUUUCGAAAACAUAUCGAGUUCGACAAAUGAAUCAAUCCAAUACACUUUUACUUUCAGAUAGUAGAGAUUUAUCUUUUUCUUCAGAAUCGUCUGAAGCACCCCCUUACCUAGUUGCAUUUGGCUCGGCCUCGAGUUAUCUCGAGGUCAUAGAUGAACAAUCUCCCAAGCUUUCCGUGGAAUCUAUUCCUUUAUACAUGGGAAAUGGAGUGAUCUCUGGAUUACAUGAACCAAACAGACCAACUAGCAUUCAUUAUGAAAGUUUAGGAGUUUUAAGAUCACGAGCGCCUUUGAGUGACGCUGAGUUCAAUGAAAAAUGGCGAUUACAGGGUGGUGUUGAAAUUGAUGAUAUCGCCUGUCGAAUAAAUGACUCUCUAACACACAGCAUAAUUUGCGAUAUCCUAGCUACUGUUAUUGGAUCGAAACUUGAUCUAUCUGCUGUUAAUUGCAUUCAAUUAUUGCCUCUUUUGCCUUCUGAUGCGGAACCACUGGCUGUUGUCGAAGCUGUGAUGGCUCGUUUUUCUCAAUCAGCUUCCAGUAAUUGUAAGUAUUUGGUUCCCCAAUUCCUGUUUUAUAUCUAUUGUUUUCCCUUGAAAUGA